CAGCAGGUCCUCAGCCGGGUCGUCGAAUACGGGCACGCGCAGCUCGGUCACGCCGGGCGCGCGCGGGCCGGGUUGCUGGCGCGAAACGUUGACGCACAGGGUGACGCCCGCGCGCUCCAGCAGCUCCGGGGCGGCCGCGGCGCUCGCGCUCCCGAGGAAGAGGGAGGGGGCGACGCGCACGAACAGCGGCGGGGUGGCCGCGGUGGCCCCGCGGCGUCCGGCUCGUUCCGCUUCCAUGACCUGCUCUCGGGCCCCCAGCCCCGGUGUCUAUUUUGGGCCGUCGGGAGGCCGGCCGGGCGCCCCCGGGUCCUAGAGGCCUCCGAUGGGCGCCCCUCCCUCUCUCCCGGGGCGGGCCCUGUAGUGGUUGUGCACGAGCGGGCACGCCCACAAAACCUUGGCCGCCUCCUCAUUGGCCAGGUCUAAACGGGAGAGGCCUCCUCUGAUUGGCUGAGGCUGGGGGUUGCGGCCAUUGGCUGGCCUGGUGGCCAUCGGAAGAGUCUGAAUGGCCGCAGUGAGGUGGGCGGGUUCGGGUUGCUGGGAGGAAUGGGCCUCUCCUCGCUGGAUACCAGAGCCCCGCAGGUUGCAAGCCGGGACAUCUGAGAAUAGCUGGUGCCUGUCGCUGCGAACGUGGAGGUUUCCAGCUGGGCGGGGCUCGGGGAGGUGCGCUUCUCAAGCUGUGGCUGAUGUGCAGAGGAGCAGGGGACCCUGUCACAGAUUCUCACCUGGGCACUGACCGGGAUCCUGCACAUGGUUUUGUAGGUCCAGACAUCACCCACGUAGAGGCCUUCCCAGCAUCCAUUUCCCUCUUCUGUGGCCUAAGGAAGGAUUCUGACUUUCCUGGGAUGGGAUUCCCAUUUUCCCCAGAGUUCACGGGAGCCAUCCAAUCGACACCACCUGCCCGCCACACCGUGGCCCCGUGGUUUUCAAAGCGUGGUCCAGAUUUCAGCAGCAGCAUCUGGGAACUUGGUAGGAAUGCACAUUCUCAGGAGUCCACCUACUCAGGACCUGCUGAACCGGAAACCCUGGGAGUGAGACACAGGAAGCUGUGUGUUACCAUGCCUUCCAUGUGAUUCUGAAAAAAAAGAUAAAAACCUAACCAUCAUUUAGUUGAUCUAAAAAGUCAUUUAAAGCAAGAUUUUUACCCAUUCCCUUAAACAUUGUAUUUUGACCUACUCCCUGUCAUGUAUAUCCACUCCCUUUCUUCUGAUGAGUCAUGAUCACACAUAUACGUCCGCUCACUUUUCCCUGUGGGUCAGCUGAGGCGUUACUCAUAGUGGCACUCGGUGCCCGGCCGUGACUUCCAGUUUCCCUUGCUUUCCUUCAUGUGAACUUAAAAGCACUUGAGAAGUGAUCAGCCAGUAGAAUCCUUUUGGAAUUUCUUAAAAUAUUUUUUUACUCACAAAUCUUCUACAGUGUCUCACAUGCAUCUAAUUUGAUUGCAGUUUUUAAGUGGCUUUUGUUGACUUUUCAAAGCCUUCAACUGAAUUUUAAUAGAAAUGCCACUCUUCUUCCCCAUGCACACAUCAUCAGUCAUAUUUCACUAAAUUUCAUAACUAUAAUAGGUUCAGCCAGUAUUUUCAGAUUUGCGAACACCAUCACCGGUCAUUUGAACAGCUAACUUGCUGAAAGCCAGUCGUCCUAAAGGUUCGAAGACGAGAGACAUGGAAGAUCGUUAUCCUCAAUCUCAUAUUACGAAAUCCCAAAUGCUGGCAAUUCUGAAAACCAGGUGGAGGAGGGGGGCAGUGUGCCUGCUGCUGCCGGGACCCCGGAGAGCUCCAUGCUCGGCACCAAAAGAUUCAUCCCGGAGGCCCCAGAGGGGGAAGAGGAGGAGCCCGAGGGUCCCCUUAGGGAGCAGGACCUGAAGGAGGCCUACAUCGAGCUCAUCCGGGGUGUGCAGGAGUGGCAGGACGGCUGUGUCUACCGAGGAGAGUUCGGGCUGGACGUGAAGCUGGGAUGCGGAGAAUUCUCUUGGCCCACGGGCGAGCUCUGCUACGAGUGUGGCCGCUGCGUUGGGGUGCGCCUCACGCCCUGCACCCGCUGCUACGGGAUCCUGACCUGCAGCGAAUACCGCGAGACCAAAGCCUGGAGCGACUUCCACAGGAGGGACUGCCACUCACUGACGGCCAUCGGGAGAAUACAUCCAGCUCUGUUCACAAGGGAACCCUUGCAGCAACGUGGCAACGAGCCACAGAAGUCUGCGACCCUGAAGCUGCCACGCAAGUCGAGGUGCUUAUAUUCCACCUACGGUCACGAGUGAGCGUCUGGGCACCCACCUGCCUGUACAGGGCUCCAGGAGGAGCUGGGCCAGCAGGAACGGGGACCACCCCAGGACUCGAGGAGGGGUGGGCGGGUGAGCACGCAGUUGCUGCCGGGCAGGUGUCCAGGGAGGCCUGAGCUUCGCCCCAGGCCCAGCAGGAGCUGCGACCCCUGCAGGCCUCCCUCCGUGGGGCGGCAUUCUCCUCCCAGGGUGGGCUGCCUGGUCUCCCCCUGACCCUGUGCUGGGGGCCCUGCUCCUUACACUCACGGGGCCCAGGGUCCUGGCUGCUGGUCCUUCAGUGCUCCAGGGCCCCAGGUGACAGAGAGGCUUUGCAGAACGUUUGACUGGCAGGCCACCGUGGGCUGCGACACCCAAAUGAAGUGACCCUCAGUGGCUCCCGCCUCUGUGUUGCCUCUGGCUGAGGUGCCGGGCCCUGCACU